AUGGAUGCUCCUGCUUUGGAGGCAAUAUUUGAUCCGUCAACAUUCAGCAAAUUGAAUAUGGACCAAAAGAGGCAACUCAUCCAUGAGAUGUCCAAAUGGCCGAAUGGCGUCAUCGAUAUUCUACACUCUUGGACCCGUCUUGAGUUGCUUCAGAUCCUUUGCACUGAGAUAGGUAAGGAAAGGAAAUACAGUGGGUUAUCAAAGUCCAAAAUCAUUGAGCAACUCCUGAGAACUAUACACGAGAAGGAAUCCAAGGAACUUGGCCCAACAAAAUAUCCCGAAACUCAGCAGGCCUCGCUAGAAUACUGUGAAAGAACUCUCAAGAGGCAGAAGAAGUCCGACCAUCUAAAUCGAGUGCCUGCAGUCACGAGUGGGACCAUGGCAGUUGAUCUUGAAGUUGAGUCCAGCAGUACUGUGUACUGCAAGAACUCGGCUUGUAAGGCUCAAUUGAGCAGUGCGGACGAGCUUUGCAAAAGGUGCUCGUGCUGUAUUUGCCGCCAGUAUGAUGACAACAAGGACCCGAGCCUUUGGCUGAUUUGCAACACGGACCCGCCAUUUCAUGGGAUGUCGUGUGGCAUGUCGUGCCACCUGGAAUGCGCAUUGAGGCAUGAGAAUUCAGGUAUUUCUCAGGAUAAGGGACUUGACGGAAGCUUCUGUUGUGUGUCUUGUGGGAAGAUUAAUGAUUUACUAAGGGACACCAGACGGGUUGACAUACUGGGCUAUAGGCUCUCAUUGGGCCAAAAGAUUCUUGCGGGCACUAAACAUUACCAGAAUCUGUAUGAAAUCAUUGACGAAUCAGUGAAAAUGCUAGAGGAUGAAGUGGGUCCCUUAACCGGUUUACCCGUGAAAAAGGCGAGAGGGAUUGUGAACAGGCUCUCGUUAGGGCCCGAAAUUCAGAGGCUUUGUGCUUCUGCGGUGGAGUCCUUUGAUCUGUUGCUCUCUAACCGAGUAUCUGAUAUGCCCUCUGGUCACAACACGCUUGCCUCGAAACUCGUCCAGUUCGAAGACAUUCGCGCCACGUCACUUACAGUGAACCUCCACUCGUACGACUCACACACCGAGAAUCUCAUGGGCUAUUCCCUGUGGCACCGUAAAGCCGACGAAGCAGACUAUCUUGCAGACCCCACUUGCCGGUUAUUUGAACCGAACACAAAGUUUCUGCUGUCUGGUCUUAUUCCCGCCACACAGUAUUUCCUAAAGGUUGCUAUCCUCAACACCGAUCGGGAGAUGGGCCUCUAUGAAUUUCAGUUCCAGACAUCUUGUUCUCAGGAUGAGGCCCCAAAUACAAACUCGGAACCUGAACAAAGUCAAAGUCCGGCUACUAACUGUAGCACGCUCUCGAACCCUUCUUCAGUCGAGGACGAGACAAAUAAUAUUAUUAUUGUCAAUCGUGCCUGUACUUUUACUGACAGUAAAAUUACAACUCACCCAAAUUUACCUAGUGAAAUUCUGAAAUCUUCUUUGCCGAUCAAUAGUAACAAGGAAUCAUCAUCGGGAGAUUGUACAGCCCAGAAAACGACGAGCACCGACAAUAUCCCAGUCUCCACUGGCUUGGAAUGCGUGCUUUAUGUUGCUAGCUCCGAGGCUAACUUGCCUAAAACUCCUUGCAAGUUUGAGAAAUCAAAAGACGAAAAUAGGCCCAAGUGCAACGGCAAGGAUGUGGGAUCUGAGCCUCAGGCUGGAAGCUCGUCAAAAAAGAGAGACAGGAAAAAUCGAGAGGGGUGUAAUAGCGGCAUUGGGGACAAGGAGUUCGAGUAUUACGUGAAAGCUGUUAGGUGGCUGGAGUGUGAAGGUUAUAUUGAGACGGGUUUUAGGAAGAAGUUCUUGACUUGGUAUAGCUUGAGGGCUAACCCUCAGGAGGUACGUGUCGUGAAGGUUUUCAUUGACACGUUUAUUGAGGACCCCGAGUCGCUUUCCGGGCAAUUAAUCGAUACUUUUGCGGAUGUUAUUUCACACAAGGGGUGCUCGAGGGUGCCAGCCGGGUUUUGCGUCAAGCUUUGGCACUGA